UGUUGUGCAAGAAUUUGACGCCGAAGUUUCGACUUUUCUUUGAUCUGUUUUAAUCUGUCACCCAUGUUUUCACAGCUAAACGUGCUUAGAGGACCGCCAUUUUUGAGCUUUGUAACCAUGAAGCUAUGUCACCAGGCCUUUCUGGCGGGAACUUGGCAUCCAGGCCAAGUCGGCUCGAUGGCCGAAAGACAGAUUGCAGAAGAUCGGAGAUUGAUGUACAAAUAUACUUUGACAGUGAACCAAUUCACAUGAUUUUUAUUCUUCAUGUAUUUAAGCUUUAAUAUAAAUAAUGAAUGCGAGGUUUGGUGAGGAACCUAAACGGAAAAGGCUCAAACAAAGCAGCAUUGAAGAGAGUUUCAAACGACACCAAUCAAGCCCGAAGUCGAAGGUGUCCCCUCACCUCCCAGAUAAGAAAGAAAACUGUUCACAGCAAAAGAUGCAACACGGUGCAUCUCCACAAGACAGCUUUAAUGUCCAAGAAGAUGAAAUAAAGAAGAAAAGAGCUCUUUUGGCAGAUGCUGCUGAGAAUAGACGAGGAAGUGCGUCAAACACAGCUUGUACAUCAGCAACAUCCACCGCUAGUUCUGACAUGGUUGUUGAAGGUGGCAGUAAGGAUGGACUGAGUGAUACUGAAGAUGGUCUUGUUGGAUUUGAUGAUUCUCCUUUACUUUUCCCUGAUUCACCUCUAACAGCUCCUCCUCUUGAAGAGGUGCCUUCCAUCCAAACAGCUGACAGAUUUGUCUCAGGGGUAAGUUUCCAAUAAAGCAAUUUGCUCUGACAAUGGAGUGAUGAGACACUUCAACAGAAAACACUGCUCUUAUUCAGGGCUCAAAAAAAGUUCCAUCCGGUUGUCUAGGACAAGUAGAUUUUCCUUCUGGGCAAGUAACUU